AUGGGUAAUUUCCAGAAACUGGAGAGCGAUGAAAAGCUUUCUGUCAAGAGUGGCCUGGGUUUGUUGGCAAGAGCCCGGGCAAGAAUGGCACAGUUCGUCAAGCGCGGCUACAUUUCUAAUUUCAUGGCACUGGUGGUGCUUCUCGAUGCCCUUCUCACUGCAACUGACAUCGACUCCAGGGCGGCUGGUAGGACGACCCCGGAUAUUGUGAAGACUUUGUCUGAAAUUUGUUUGUUUCUCUACACCGCAGAGCUGUUCAUGGUCCUGGCUGUGGUAGGGCUUCACGCGCUCAGAGACUGGAUGGUCGUGCUGGACGCAGCCAUUGUGAUCUGUGGCUAUGUGGAACUGGCUCUGACAAGGCUUUCAGGAGGCGGGGAUCUUGCCAACUCCUUAGGCACUUUGCGCGUCUUGCGCUUGGCAAGAAUCGUCCGCUUGAUGAACCUGCUGCGGAAGAGCCGGUCUCUGAAAGAGUUGCAGAAGUUGGUCAUCAUGUUGACCACAUGCAUGAAAGCCUUGGCCUGGUCGUUCCUUUUCUGCUUCGUGAUCAUGACGAUUUGGGCGAUGAUGAUCGUUGAGAUUGUCCACCCAUUUGUCAAGGAGCUCAGCGAGAGCGGGGAAUUCGCGGAUUGCCAGCAAUGUGUGAAAGCUACUGGGUCAGUGAUGGAUGCAAACCUGCUGCUCUUCAAGACCGUCAUUGCUGGUGACAGUUGGGGUCAAAUCGCUGUGCCUGUGAUAAACUACCAUCCGGAGACCUUCAUCAUUUUUGUUGGCUCCUCGUUGACGCUAGUCUUUGGUGUCCUGAACCUGAUCGUGGCUGUGGUCGUCGACACUUUCGCAGAGGUUCGAGAAAGCGACGUGCUGAAUUUAGCGCAGGAGCUGGACCACAACCUCGAGAUUGACAAAAAGAUUCUGCAAAAGAUUUUCGAACGUCUCGAUGUCAAGCAGAAGGGUGAGCUCUCACUAGACGAGCUCCUAGAAGGUGCACGUAAGGAUGCUGAAUUUCAGAGCCGGCUUCGGGUCAUGGACAUUGAUGAAGUAGACCUGCGCCAGCUGUUCGAAAUGAUUGAUGUGGAUGGAUCAGGCGCGAUAGAAGCUGAGGAGUUCGUGGUUCCGCUGAGUCGAUGGGUGCACGACUCCAAGACAGCGCCGAGAUUUAUAAAAUACAACUUGAUGCACACCAUGCACCAGCAGGACUCUCUCUCUCUCUCUCUCUCUGUGUUCUGGGUUGCGCACCUUCUCAACCUCAAAGAUUCAAGCGAACACUUGCCUGCAUCCACAGAGAGAAGUUCUACAAAGACUCCAAGUAUCUUGGAAGUCAAGGUGGGGUUUGAGGGGUGUUUGCUUCACCCGCCCACCCCCGGCUGCAGUGCGGGAUCUAGGGGGUUAAGGGAUAUACCUAGACCCUUAACUAUAAAUUGCAAAUUCUUUUGUAUUAUUGCUACAGGCAAUCCCCCACGAACCCUAAGCCCUAAAGCUUAUUGGCACACGUGUGCUAGUCUGAGACCUCUUACUUGGUGCCCACAAGCAAGCAACAAGUCGUUUGAGCUGCUCGUCUAA